CGGUGCGUACUAUAACGGUGAACAUAUCCAGCCACCGAUUCAAUUAGACUAGAGAUACAGCAUACAUAAUGCCGUCCAGUGAAGUGAGCACGGAUCAAAUAGAGAAAAGGGAAGGGAAAGAAACGAAGAAAGGAAGAAAGGAAAAAAGAACGCAUACGGGCAAUAAACUAGUGGGACAGGUGGUGAUACCGGGUGAUGUAGUCGCAAGUGUCGAGACGAAACAGUUAACCGUAGGACCUGGGCUUAGACAGUGUGGCGAAUUGAUUGUCGCGGAAAAGGCUGGUAUUCUACGGGGGAGUAAAACAAUGUAUUAUAUAGAUAGCUCACAGAGACGAUAUUUGCCAGUCAAGGAUGAUCGUGUGAUAGGUGCCGUGUUGAACAAUGGCCGUGACGCAUUUCAAGUCGAUAUUAGAAGUGCGCAAUUGGCAUCUCUACCAUACCUAUCGUUCGAGGGUGUAACCAAAAAGAAUAGACCUGAUUUCAAGACGGGCGAUCUUGUCUACACUCGCGUGCUUGUUGCCAAUAAAGACAUGGAGCCGGAGUUGUCCUGCGUGAACGGCCAGGAAAAGGCAGAUGGGAUGGGCAUCUUGACCGGUGGAUUCUCAUUUCAAACCUCAUUAGGGCUAUGUCAUAGGUUGCUUCGUCCGAAGUGUACACUUGUAACCGCACUCGGUGAGCAUUUUCCAUACGAGAUGACAGUCGGGUUGAACGGCAUUGUAUGGGUAAAAGCUGAAACCCUCGAGCAGACAAUAAUUGCCGCAAAUGCUACGAUAAAUUCUGAAUUUCUGAACGAGGCGGAGAUAAAGGCUAUGGUGAAAAAAUUAUGUCAGUAACGUAUAAUUUAGAGUCAAAUGCGAAUCAAUAAAACUUAGACAAC